AGCUUGAGGACAGUCACACACGCUGUAGUGUCUGCAUGCACGCUGAGCUUGGUUUAAUUUAAACACGACUGUGCGUUUGUUUAUUCUUGUUAUUAGUUUGAAUAAUACAUAAAUAAACACAUUUUUGUUUCACAAUGGCGGAAUUGGACGGAGAAAUAGUCUACCAGAGUGACAGAACGGAAGUGGGUGAGUCUUUCUGCGAGGAUACAGCGCUGGUCAAAGCCUAUGACAAGGCAGUGAAGCCAUUACAGAGUGCCCCGGCGAUGGAGCGCGAGGGCUGUCACAUGCACGUCAACGUCACGGGGGAAUCUGAAGGAGAUAAUGAGACAAAGAAAGAGGAAGAGAAGGGGACAGAAGCGCAGUGGCAGGUGGGGUGGCGGUGCUGUGCAGUCUGGUCGGAGGACGGGCUGGUGUACCCCGCAGUGGUGCGCAAGCUGUUGCCGGACCGAGGGAGGUGUGUAGUUCGGUUUGAGGGUUACGGGAACGAGGAGGAGCAGGACCUCAGUGCCCUGCUGCCGGCCCAGGACUCUGAGCCCAUCAAUCCCACCCACACCCAGGACUCUGAGCCCUCCGUUCUCACCCACACCACAGAACCGGAAUCAGGACAGUGGCAGGUGGGGUGGCGGUGCUGUGCAGUCUGGUCGGAGGACGGGCUGGUGUACCCCGCAGUGGUGCGCAAGCUGUUGCCGGACCGAGGGAGGUGUGUAGUUCGGUUCGACGGCUACGGGAAUGAGGAGGAGCAGGACCUCAGUGCCCUGCUGCCGGCCCAGGACUCUGAGCCCAUCAAUCCCACCUACACCCAGGACUCUGAGCCCCCCGGUCCCACCCACACCACAGAUCCACAACUACAACCAGAACUACAGGAGGAAGACGAUGAGGAUGAAAGCCGCCCGGAGUCUUUGAAACCUGUGAAAAAGGAAAAGGCUAAGAAGCAGGGGCGCGCCUGCCCUGAACUCAACCACGCUUCCUCCCCCCCCUUCCCAUUUCCCCCCCCAAUGCCACCGGGAUACAGCGGCGGGCCCAUCUUCCUGCCCCUCCCUCCCCCUCCCCCUCCCCCCCCUGCCUUCACUUUCCACGGAGCUGCUGACGAGAUCGACGUGGACUCACUGUCCAGCAUGCUGCUGUCCUGGUACUUGUGUGGAUAUCACACCGGCUUCCACCUGGGUUUGCAGCAGGCUCGAGUAGAAGCUGAGAAAAACUGUGCCAAAAACAAACAAGCUCAGUUGAACACCAACAAGAAACUCAGGAAGAACCUCUCCUAGAGCUGUGUUUGGAUAAGACAGCGGUCAGACAUUAUCAGCCCUGAUUGGGAUUGAGACUGGGCAGAGCUGCGUCUCCCUCGGUCUGCUCCCCUGCUGUCAGAGUGCAGCGAGGGUCUGGAUUAAUGUGAUGUGUCACAGUGGAAAGCAGAUAGGAUCACUCCCAUUGGAUGUUUCCGAGUAGUGAUGUAACAUACAUGCAUGUUAAUGGAAAUUGCCUCUUUAAAAACUGACCAUAAUAUUUGAAUGCAUUUUUGCAGAAUGUCACUGUAUUUUUGUAACUUUAUAAAGUACGCAAAAAAAAGAAAUGCAGGGUUUGCGAUGUUAUUUUUCUGAGCUUAAAUGAGCUCAUGCACAGUGCUUCCUGAAUUCCUGCAGAAAAUAAAGGUAGACCAUGUGGUGCAUCAGCAUUGUUCUGUGUUUCAACAAUGAAGAUAGAAAAAGGUUUUUUUAUUUAUUUUUUAAUAUAUAUAAAGUACACGUAUGCAUUCCCAAAAUCCAUGUAAUUGUUUAUUAAAAUGUUAUGGACCAUUUAGGUAUUUUUUCUAAAUAGGGUUGAUAUUUAAGAUAUAAAUAAGAUUUAAACUCUGUCAAUCUGGCAAUAAAUGAGAGAAGACCAGAGGUGGCUCUUCCACAAUGUAUAGUGCAUUAUGACUCCAGUCCGUUGUGUGGAUUGGCUCUGGUACCAACUUCUUAAGGGAUCUACCCAGGUCUGCUUUAGAGAUACCAGAGGAAAGUCUGAUUGGGUACAAAACGUGUUGCUAAAGCUGUAUCCAAGUUUCAUUCCACGUUCACAUGAAACACUGUUUGUGUUGUUUUCUCAGCAUGUCUCGUCUCUCUGUGCUCACAUCUUAUCCCAUUUUUCCAGGUGAUUCAACCAAAACAAGAACUGGUUAGAAUCUCAGGGCUGGACCUGGUUCAGAAGAGCUGCACUGUUAAUUCUCGUCAUCAUCAAAUAGGUGUUCUUUUCUCUCUUGAGUAUCGUGGACACGCCUCUAUAGCUGGAAAUGACCUUUCAGAUUCAGUUUGAUUUUGACCGAUAUCGUCUGGUUUCACAGACCCGGAUCAGCACUAAACUUGGUCUAGCUUACCCCAGGUAACAUUAGGCAGUCCCAAAAACCCAGGCAUGCAUUCCGGAGACAUGUGUAAGUAAAGUGUUUUUGUCAUUGUAAAUAAAAUAAACACUUUGUUUUUGGAUCCUUUAAUCCCCCCCACCCCCCCC